AUGGGGUUCAAAAAGAAGAUGAUCCAUUUUGAGGAGCAACUCUCCGAUGUCGAAUCCGAACCAGACGCUGAACCUCCGAUCUUACUGCGAUUCCCUUUCCUCCAUCUACCGUCCGAGAUCCGCCUGCACAUUUAUCAUUAUGUCCUGUUCACGCCAACUCGGAAGAGUGCAUUGAAGCGCACUGGCGGCAGUGUUGGGUCUUCGGCGAAGAAGAGCAAACCUCUAGCACCAUCCUCGCACCGCAUCGCUCUGUUCCUUGUCUCGAGACAAAUCCACGACGAAGCCACUCACUACUUCUAUUCAACCCAGACAUUCCGUGUGUUCCCCAUCCAGGACUUCUUGCGCAUGCCAACGAUCAGGGCUUUGCCUCGACGCCACCGCUCUUCGAUCACCACAAUCGAAUUGAUUGUGGGAUCAAGCUGGACCGCACCCCCAAAGUCAUGGGUUGUAAACCAGGGCUUGGGGUUACACGACAUGGAACUGGUGCGCACGUUGAAAGUGUUUGUGCAGUGUGACCCUUCGCACCCUGUGUUCGAGGGCUUUCGCAUCUCCAAGAAUUACUAUACCGACUUCUGUGGCAAAUUGUUACAUCAAAUCCUGGAACGACUGCCACGUCUAGUUCAGGUCGAAUUUGAUGCCUGGCCCUCUGUAGAGAAGAACGGAGCUUUGAUGACUCGCUUGCUUACGGAAACCCGGGAUGCUCAGAAAAAGGUUCUUUGGGGCCCUGAUAGAGGCUGGACCGACACUCAAGAUGAGACUCACGAGAAACAUGACCUCAAUGACGUGGAUGUUGCCUUUGAUGGCCUGCGGGCCUACUCCCCUGAUGUUGUCGAAGCCUUGAGCAACUCGCUUCAGACAGUCAAGUUGGAGUCAUGA